AGUGCUGCGACAACUGUAGGUCAGGGUUGCACAACCAUAUGAGGUUUUGUCGGCAUUCGUCUGCUAGUGGGAUAUUCUCCCGCCGAGUAGCUUACGUGUACGUCGUGGCUGUGUGUGAGAACGGAAUAAGGUGUUACGUGUAAAGCAAGUGAUUUCGAACUCUAAAACUUCAUCAAAUAUUUAGAAGAAGUGAUAUGGCAAAAUAGCUUCAUGAUUCGUAAAAUCUGUGAAUUCUCUCUGUCGCUAAACGAUGUACAAAAUCCGGAUUGGGGGGCCGUCACCACGAUGCCGGCAGACCUGGUGAAUGUCAGACCCAGUGUUCUAUCACAAGAUGGUCUAUUAGUAACAACGGCGGGAAACUCGCAACAGCAGACGAGUGUGACGACGAUCGGGGCAACGGUCGUCGUUGAAGCGGCGACUAGCGACGCCGGUAACCAAACGACCCGUUCGUGCCACUGUCCUCAAUGGACAUUGCGACGUCCACGUCACUGGGUCUACCGUGGAGAGGGCAAUGCUUCCAUCGUCUUGGCUUUACCUCAGGAGAAGAAAAUUGUCAAGUUAGCCAAAAUUGAUUACAAGCUACGGCGAAUGGAUUCCGACAAUCAAUUUGUAGCCCAAGAGGUCAAUGGAGGUAUCAGAACAAUCGCUGAAACGUUGGAACGGCUCAUCUUUAGUCAAAAGAUAUUGGGUUCGUUGCUAGGCGCCGGAUUAGUCCGUCCGUGUCAUGUUUUUCACGUAGAUUUAGACGAAAUUGAAGAGGUGGAUCACCUCGUUGAUGUCUUCCGUCCAGCUCAUCGUAAGCACAAACGAUUAGCUCCAGUCUGCCACGUUAUUGUGUGCCCGGAUUGCACACUUUUACCUCGUCCUCCUCCUCUUCUCACGCAAUCAGCAGAACAGUCAGUUACGGUUUCACCGACGAGCCCUUCCAAGCCAACAACACAACAGCCGCCAGUGUUUUGCGUCGAAUUGAAACCGAAACAAGGCUUCCUUAGUAUGGGUCAUCAACAUUGCCCUUUUUGCCUCAACCAAUUCCUAAAGCGAAAGCACGGGAAGAUUCAAUUGCUGAGCCAGUACUGCCCUCUUGAUUUAUUUUCUGGAUCCCGUAUGAGAAUGCUUAAGGCUAUAAUAGCUCUUACCCGAACGCCCCAAAAUAACCUGAGGAUUUUUCAGGAUGGUAACCUAGUGUUUGCUGAAGAGUGCCAAUCCAACUUGAUGGCCGUUUUGCAGCAGUGGUUCCAGGUGGACGAUACAGGCGAUCGAACACUGCUUUUGAAACAUUUUUGCACUUUGGUGAUGGAUGCACUGACUAUGGAAAUCUGUGAUGGCACAGACGCGAGUCUAGAUCAAACCGUUGAUGAUGUUAAAGAAGCAAAAGAAUCUCAAGAAGAUUGGAAUCGACUGAUCAAAGAAGAAAGAAGCGAUCAUUCUUUACCAUGUUUGCCACCGCAGGCGAGAAUUAGAAAAACUGGCCCAACAAUAGCAACAAGUUUACCGUCACGGUCCGUCCUUUGCCGAUUGCUACGAGUCCAAUCGCUGGGCGAUGUGGACUUUGGACGGCUUUACGACGCGUACGACGCUCUUGUAUGUCGCUUUCGUGACGGCUCUGUGCCCUACGAAACGAUGCGCUGGACGCAUCCGCACACGGGUACGGUCGACUGGCUCCUCAGCCAAGAGAAAACCACCAACCAGACGAUGGACGAUGUCCGUCUAGUUCAACGCUACCGUAUCUCAUCAACGACUCGUGAUUGUUCCAUCAUGAUCGCCUUUCAGCGAUUGGCCAACGAUUCAGUCAAAGACACAACGGAGUUUUCUUUUGCUGGUUCGGAACAUUUGCCAAUUUUGCGUGACCUUUCAGGUCAGCGGUACAAGUGUCACGCAUCGGUCGUCGACUUGGACCCGAAGCCAGUGACUUGCGUGGAGAAACACCGCCGGCGAAAUCAAGCCAUGAAUGAGGCCUUUUGGCUCAGCAACAGCAGCUCUUCCCACUCCCUUACGAAUCGAUUACCACCGAAAGUUUAAAACAUGUUCCUUUCCAAAAUAAUUAAUUAAUCAUUAAUCGUAUUGUUUGAAACACACACACACACACACAACCUAGUCAACUAGUCGGCCAUUUUCCUUCCCCGUUUUGCGGUAACAUGGGAGUUUUUCGUGACUCGUAGCUCGUGACAGUGAUUCCAAAUUUAAGCGUCAACACUUCCCGAGGGCCUUUAAACUCCCUUUCCUAAAAAGAAAAAGAAAAAAAAAAAUA